CGUAGAACUGAUAAGAAAAUAGAAAUAGAUAAAUCAUAAACUCAAUUCGUAAGUUGUCAUGCGUUGAUAGGACGUAUUAAAUGUUAAAAUAACAUUCCAAUUUCCAUGAGAAUCAUUUCAGUAGCAAGGCUUUCAAGCAUUGUUUUUAACAGCACUAAAAGCGAAUUAAUUCUACGCACCAUGAGUAUUGACAUAGGAGGUAUGAGAAUAAAAUAUAAAGAUAAGGAUGAAACUUUCCUAGAAAAACAUUUGGUAUCAAAGGAACCUUUUGGACAAUUUGAUGCUUGGUUUAAAGAAGCUUGCAGUAAAAAAGAAAUUUUAGAACCAAAUGCAAUGUGCUUGGCUACAGCUACAAAGAAUGGAUACCCUUCAGCAAGAUUUGUGCUGUGUAAAGGUUAUGGAAAGGAGGGCUUUAAGUUCUUCACAAACUAUGGCAGUAGAACACAAGAAAUGGCGGAGAAUCCUAAUGUGGCAGCUACUUUUUACUGGGAAAUACUAAAUCGGUCCAUAAGAAUCGAAGGUUGUGUUGAAAAACUGUCAGAAGAGGAAUCAACAAAGUAUUUUCAUAGUCGACCAGUACCGAGUCAAAUAGCCGCUGCAACUAGUUAUCAAAGUACACCAAUAGAGUCCAGAGACAUAUUGUGUGAAAGAGAAAGUAUUUUAGAGAAGGAGUACUUGAUACCAGAAAAGGAAGUUCCAAAACCAAAGUUCUGGGGCGGUUAUAUUAUUCGUCCUACAUCAGUUGAAUUCUGGCAAGGACAAAGAGAUCGACUGCAUGAUAGAAUAAAGUUCCGGAAACUAAAGGAAGGUGAAGUACCCGAUGGAAAGUUACUUCAUCAGGGUGAAGACGGUUGGGUCUAUGAAAGACUUUCACCAUAAGAGGGUGUAAUAAUUAUUUAUUUUUUAUUAAGAUGAGGUAAUAUUGUUCUGUAAUUAAAUAAUGUCUUCCAUAUUAAAUAAUGUCUGCAAUAAACAGUGGUGUUAUGGGUCAUUGGUACAAAUUAUACAAUUACUAAUUA